AUGACCGAUAAGCUCCCCCCGCCACUGCUGGCUCUGUUCCAGCCACGGCCACCCCUUCGCUACAUCCCUCCUACCGACCGCGCCCCAGAGGACUGCCCGAAGAGCACCAUCUCCGGCGUAGCCCAGUUCCUGCCUGAAGCUAAGAAAUUCGCAGAAGAGGUGCCGUAUAACGCGACCGAUAGCUGGGUACAACGGAAAUGGAAGCAAAAAGCGGAGAGGAAGGAGCGAUUGGAGAAGCAAUUGACUGAAGGGGCGCAGAGCUAUGCCCCUGAUAAGGACCCGCAGGCUCGUGGGGAUCCCUUCCGUACGCUGUUUGUUGCGCGGCUCAGUUACGAGGUCAAGGAGUCCGAUUUGGAGCGCGAGUUUGGUCGAUUUGGACCCAUUGAGAGGAUUCGCAUUGUUAAGGAUGAGUCUAGCAAAAAGCCUCACCGGGGAUACGCGUUCGUCGUAUACGAGCGUGAGAAAGAUAUGAAAGCGGCAUACAAAGAAACAGAUGGGAUCCGAAUUCGAGACCGACGAGUUCUGGUGGACGUUGAGCGCGGUCGAACCACCAAGGGCUGGAAGCCGCGUCGCUUCGGUGGUGGACUUGGCGGUCGUGGAUACACCAAGGCAAUGCCCGCACGGCCAAUGGGGCCUGGAUUCAAUGCACCCUCCGGCCCAGGAGGAUUCGGCGGUGGAUUUCGGGGUGGCUUUGGCGGCCGGGGUUUCCGUGGAGGCUAUCGGGGCGGCGACCGGUUUGGACCCCGGGGAGGAAUUGGGUACCAGGGUGGAGGACGCGGUGGGUUUGGUGGACAGCCACCGCCUAAUGCGCCCUCUGGUCCGGGUGGUGGACGCAGCGGUGGGUUCGGCGGUUCGUAUGCCGGUGGUGGACGGUACGACCGCGGUGGUACCGGCAGCAAUCGCGAGCCUGUUCGCCCGCGCGAGGGCUACUCUGACCGGGAUCGCCGCGACCACGAUCGGGACCGCGAGGGUGAUCGUUACCGGGACCGUGAUCGCAUGGCAGACCGCAAUGGUGGUGGGGAUCGGCCCCGGGAUGAUCGCCCCCGGGACCGCGACAGGUACGGUGGAAGAGAGGACUAUGGACGCAAGAGGUACCGUGAGGAUGAUGGACAUGAUGACCCGCGCAGCAGAAGAAGAUACUAA